AUGAAGAGUUCCUGUCGCCUAUUCAAUUCGCUUUCCAAAGCAGAAAGGUUUGUUGCCAAACUGGGUCUGUAUCCAAAGGGCUUCGCUGUUGGAGGUAUUCAUUGUGGAGUGAAAAAGAACCCAAAUUCGCUUGAUUUGGCUAUUCUUCAUAAUGUUUCUGGAAAUGAAGGAGUAGCAUCAGCGGUUUUCACCACCAAUAGAUUCAAGGCGGCUCCUGUCCAAGUUUCGUCCGAACUCAUCAAGAGGAAGAAUGGAAGAAUUGACUCUAUCGUUAUCAAUUCCGGCAAUGCUAACGCUGUCACUGGAACACAGGGGAUUAAGGAUGCUCAAGAUAUGGUACGAGUAACUGACGCCGUUUUAGAAAAUGAAGAAGACUCAACGCUUGUCAUGUCUACCGGUGUGAUUGGACAAAACUUGCCCAUUGACAACAUCUUGCAAGGAGUGCCCAAAUUAGCACUUAGCAAUUUGGGCUCGUCCCACGAACAUUGGCUCGCUUGUGCAAAGGCUAUUUGCACCACAGACACGUUUCCUAAACUUGUGAGUAAGCAAUUCGAACUCCAAGGAAAGACAUACUCCCUCGCAGGGUUAGCCAAAGGUGCUGGCAUGAUAUGCCCCAACAUGGCUACCCUUUUGGGCUUCUUCGCUACUGAUGCACCUGUUUCUGCAAAUGCAUUGAAUCAGAUUGUAAAGUAUGCUGUCGAGCGCUCAUUCAAUUCCAUAUCUGUUGAUGGUGACAUGUCUACCAAUGAUACAAUCGCCGCGAUAGCCAAUGGUGCCGCUGGUGGAAAUCUUAUCGAUGCAUCGGCUGAGACAGCAGAAGAGUUUUCUAUUCUUCGUUCAGAAGUGACCGAAUUUGCUCAACAGUUGGCGAAACUAGUGGUUCGCGAUGGUGAAGGUGCUACGAAGUUCAUCACCAUUAAAGUCACUGAUGCGUUAUCGUACCGUGAAGCCAAAGAAAUCGCGUCGUCAAUUGCAAACUCAUCUCUUUUCAAAACCGCAAUGUUUGGUAAUGACGCCAAUUGGGGAAGGAUUCUUUGUGCCGUUGGGUAUUCUAAAGUGGGACCUAACGCAAUCAACCCUACACGCACUUCUGUGCUGUUCAUCCCGCAAGAUGGCAGCAAAGAGCUUCCUUUAUUGAUUAACGGCGAGCCUGAAAAUGUCGACGAAGAGAGAGCUAGCCAGAUUUUGAAACAGGAAGAUUUAGAGGUUCACGUCUCCUUGGGCACAGGAGGCGGACAAGAGGCAAGUUUUUGGACAUGCGACUUGACCCAUGAAUAUGUCACUAUAAACGCUGACUACCGUUCAUAG